GGCGAGAGCGCAGGCCGGAAGGAGCCUGACAGGCCAACCCAGCGCGGCGGCGGUUGCAUGAAGCGCGCGCGGAGGGACGGGAGCCUGCGGGGGGGAGGGGGCGGAAGGGGGCUGGCAGGAAGCAGGAAGCGCCGCCGGGCAGGAGCGGAGCGAGGCGAAGGAGCCGGGCCGGGGGUGCGCUUGGCGGAGUGAGUGCCAUGCUCAGGUGUUGGCUCUUGACCGCAUAGCUUUCUAACAUGGCAGAAGGAGGCGGAAAUGAAGAAGUGAUUGACUUGAAUAGUUUCCGGAGCCACCGCGGGAAAGAUAGAAUAAACCACAGAGACGAAGGACUUAUCACCAUAUCGGACUCCUCGGAUGAAGAAUUGCCUGUGAUGCUGGACAUCCCUGUUCGCCGGCAGUGGGAAAAUGAGGAAGAUGAUGAUGUUGUCAUUUUGGAGACAAAGAAGCUUCUGCGUCCCAAUGUGAUUAAGCCAGCUGCUCACUGGCAAAGCGUGAGCAAGUCAGGGGAAGGAGGAUCCAAAGGCGAUGCACUGGCAGGGCCUCAGGACGGACAGAAGACGAAGACCCCUCCUUCCCCGAGGCUGUACGGUGCUCGCAGGAACUGCCUUAAGGCAAGUGGUGUGCCGCUGGGAAGACCCGACGGUGAGAAUGAGGUCUUGGAGCUGCCAGAAUCCCCAGAGCCUGUUGGGCUGAGGGGCGGCGGUGGCAGCACUGUUCUGGAGGCUGGGCCUAGUGUGGCUCGGAUGAGAGAGGCAAGGCCCGAGAGUGGAAAGGAGGUCAUCAAUUUGGAGGAAGUGGUUUCGGCAGCUGAUCAGGAAGGACAGGACCAGAGAGAUCAAGACUGGCAACCAAGGCUAGCACCACAGCUCAGGGGGACUGUCCAUUGCAUCCAGGAGAACACGCGGCUGGAUCACCCUUACUUCCAACCCACUGAGAAGGAAACACGUCCCGUAGUCAAUCUCCUUUCUCCUCGGCAAAUGCAGCUGGAAACAGAACUGGGGCCGCUGCCGAGGGUGUACCAAGAAGAGAUCCCUGGGCCAGCCUUUCCCAGGAUGGAGCCACAGCAGGAUGGAAUCCCAGGCCCCGCUUCUCCUCAGCUAGCUCACCCGCCAGAAGAAAAGGGAGGCCAGCAGGCAGAAGGGAAUGAACAGGCAGGCCCAGCUUUUCCAGGCCAAGGCUCCCUGGAUUCUGGCUCCGGGGACAUUCCCAAGCAAGGUGCUGGUCGGCUGGACCGAGACCUCGUUGCUCUGCUCGCUGGAGAAACUGAAGCAAGGUUUCCAGAUGCAACGAGGGAAUACAUUGAGGAUCUAAUACAGAGCAAGAACUGCUGUGACUUAAAUAUACUUUGUAAUUUUCUUCUGGAGAAUCCAGAUUAUCCAAAGAAGGAAGGCAGAGUGGUUUUAAAUCCAAAUAGCAGCCUCCUCUCCAGCCAAGAUGAGACAAAGGUGCCUAAAGUGGACUACUUUGACUUCUCCAGACUUGAUCCACUUGAUCAGCGCUGCUUUAUUCAAGCAGCUGAUCUCCUCAUGGCCGACUUCAAAAUGUUGAGUAGCCAGGACAUCAAGUGGGCACUACAUGAGCUCAAGGGACACUAUGCAAUCACACGAAAGGCCUUUUCUGAUGCCAUUAAAAAAUGGCAAGAACUGUCUCCUGAAACAAGUGGGAAGCGAAAAAGGAGGAAAGAAAUGAACCAGUAUUCCUAUAUAGACUUCAAAUUUGAGCAAGGUGAUAUGAAAAUUGAGAAGCGCAUGUUCUUCUUGGAGAACAAGAGGCGGCAGUACAGGAGCUACGACCCGCUCACUCUCCUCCCAGCGGUGCAGCUGGAGCGGGAGUUCUAUGAGCAGAAGAUGAAGGAAAUGGCAGAGCAUGCAGAUUUCCUGCUUGCCCUGCAGAUGAAUGAGGAGCAAUAUCAAAAAGAUGGCCAGAUGAUCGAGUGCCGCUGUUGCUAUGGGGAGUUUGCAUUUGAGGAGCUGACGCAGUGUGCAGAUGGGCACUUGUUUUGCAAGGAGUGCCUCAUCAAGUAUGCUCAGGAAGCCGUCUUUGGCUCAGGGAAGUCAGAGCUCAGCUGCAUGGAAGGGAGUUGUACAUGCUCAUUUCCAACCAGUGAAUUGGAGAAAGUGCUUCCUGAAAAUAUCCUGUGCAAAUACUACGAGCGGAAAGCGGAGGAGGAGGUGGCAGCUGCCUGUGCGGAUGAGUUAGUCAGGUGUCCCUUUUGCAACUUCCCAGCUCUCCUGGACAAGGAUGUGAAGCGGUUCAGCUGCCCCAACCCUCGAUGCAGGAAGGAAACCUGCAGAAAAUGCCAAGGUCUGUGGAAGGAGCACAUGAACCUCACCUGCGAACAGCUGGCUGAGAAGGACGACAUCAAGUAUAGAACAUCUAUAGAAGAGAAGAUGACAGCGGCUCGUAUUAGAAAAUGCCACAAGUGUGCAACUGGCCUGAUAAAGUCUGAAGGUUGCAACCGCAUGUCAUGCCGUUGUGGAGCCCAGAUGUGCUACCUCUGUCGAGCUGCCAUUAACGGGUACGACCACUUCUGCCAGCACCCCCGGUCCCCGGGAGCCCCUUGUCAAGAUUGUGCAAAAUGUUCCCUCUGGACAGACCCCACGGAGGACGACGAAAAGAUAAUCCAGGAGAUUCAGAAGGAAGCGGAAGAGGAACAGAAGAGGAAAAAUGGAGAAAACAGUUUCAAGCGGAUUGGGCCCCCAGCAGAAAAGCCUGCAGAAAAAAUCCCACGGAUUGAAGCCAUCCCCAGGCCGGUCCCACAAAACCUUCACCACCAAAUGCCCCCUUACCCGUUUGUGCACCCUCCCUUCCCCCUGCCGCCCGUCCGCCCGCUGUACAACAACAUUGGCCCCAUUAACCUCGGCCCCAUCCCGGCUCCUUAUGUGCCCCCACUGCCGAACAUGCGGGUGAAUUAUGACUUUCCCCAGAUGAAUCUGCAGCUGGAGCACAAUCUUCCUAUGCACUUUGGUCCACAGCCUCGUCAUCGGUUCUGAUCCGGUUCAGAGCAGCACCAGUACUUUUUGGAAGUCACUGCAGGGAAUGUCCACACACUGGCAGACACUCUCCGCCCCUGUGGGCCGCCUGCCCCUUCCUCUUGUCUUUAUUUUCCAGUAAACUGCAAGCAUUGAACACGCUUCCAGGCCUCCUCCAGUUCUCUCACCAGCCUCUGUCUGCAGAGGUGCAGCGUUUGGGCAGUGGCUGUGGGAAGCAUCAUCCCGAGGCUGUCAAUUUAGGAAGGAGGAAGGAAGCGCUCUACUCAGUGGGAUGGGCCUGUUGGGCAAGAGGAUGCAAUGCACUUGAACCCAUGUGCCAAAGCUACAGUUUCUCUUGUCUGCCACGAUGGUGCUGAGAGUGGGAGGGAAUUGUGUGGAAGGGCUGGGUCUGGUUGGCUGUAGAUCUUGAGCUGUUUGCUUGAUGAUUUAAACCAUGGAUGGAACCACGAAGCCGUCUACAGCAGGGGGUUCCCAAACUGGCCUGUGGACUACCAGAGGACCGCCAAGCUUCUUCGAGGUGGGUCGCGCCGUGUCCACAGUGAAUAUUCACCUUGAUUUUUAAUGGUAUCUUUAUUGCUUCUUUGAUUUCUUUAUAUUGGAUUUUAUUACAUUACAAUUUGAAUUCUGUGGAACACAAGUUGUAAAACAACAGAAUGCAAUAUGUAAGAAAUAAAAGGAGGAAUAACAGUACACAACUCACAAUCAUACAGCAUCUAGUACAGCACAUUACAAUUUCAACAACAAGCAGAAAAACCUGUUAAGUGAUCCGCAAAGACCAUCAGCGAUUUUCAACUGGUCCGUAGGGAGGAGGGGGAAAGUUUGGGAGCCACUGCUCUCCAGCAGGCAGAAGUUGGCAGAGGCAGGUGCCCCCCUUAGGGUGCUUGGAGCACAAGGAUGGCAACUGCUGUGGCCACCAGAAAUUCUACCAGAGCUCUUUCUAGAGAGCCAGACAUCUUUCCACUUUGACCAUCUUGUGCCUUUGGCACAGGUGACAAUCUUUCCGAGGUUGUUUUUUUUGGUGGGCCGGGCUUUUCCAAACAGUUUUUGGAGGGCUUUGGUUCUUCUGAGGUGCCAAACUGAGCAUUUGCUCACACUCAGCACAGCUCAAAGUUAACAUUAAAAGCGUAAAGCAUGUCUGUUUAAAAUGCAUGUGGCUUCAGUGGCACAAGCAUUGCUGUGGACUGUUUGUCUUGAAUGCUACGGUAUGAGCCAAACCUUGGGAACUGGGCCUCUGACUUACCAAUGGUAUGACUUGUGUGUGUGUCGUCCUUCCAGCUGCUGGGGUUGCAUAUGGAGAGCCUUGUGGUUGAAUACUAGUACUGGUUGGAAGGCUUUGUGUUGGAGAUUUUUGUCGGUGAAAUGCCUGGAAUCCUUAGCAGGAACCAUGUGGGCGUUAGCUGGCUUCACAGGCAAGCCUCUAAUAUGUGUGUUGUGCAGGCUCAGGUUUGCCAUUCAGGACACGCAACUUGUUGGGAGCACUUGCUUACUGACUUGUGUGGUUGUGGUCCAAGGCACUCUUGGGCAUCUUGCAGGCUUGGAGGUUCUCAGUUAAUGACAAGUCAAAGAAUUUCCCCUUCCGUGUACAGAACAUUCCCAGCUCCUAGUGGAGAACAGGAUUGCUCUGUAUACAUGGAGCUCUGUGUGCACAUUGGAGCCCUCAUUAACUGGGGAGGGGGGGCAGCAUGAUUGUGUGCUUUGCCUGCUAUGGGAGGCCAUCUGCCCCAGCCAGCAUGGGAGUUGAUGGGAGUUGUGGUCUGGCAACAUCUGGAGGGCACCACAGAUUUCCCAAACUUGGUUUUGAGGGUUGCUUUGUACCAACAUUAGCAGCUACAUGGCUGGUUGAAGGCUGUCUUUGAAAGGCUCCCCAUGUGCCUGAACAUGGAGUGAACUAACCAUCCACACCUGUGGUCAGAUCGCUGCAGUUACACCUCCACUGCAAAGAGAUGUAACCAGAUAUGGAGCAUUUUUUUCACACAAUAGUAUGUCAGGUCGAUUCACACUCCCAUGCAAGUCACGCUUGUCUGCAUGACUUAGGUGACCAAUUUGAAUUGACUUCUCAUUAAAGAGCUAUGAACAUCAAUGUUCUCAUUUGCUAGGAUCAUGGACAGCUACUUCAAAAAUAGAGCUGCCUCCAUUUCUGUUCAUUUGUUUUCCUUAAAAAAUGAAUCCAUUGGGGAAGAAUUCCUAACCACCCUUUUGCUAAUAAGAUGUUUAAUAUUGUUGUUCUUUGAAAUAUUGGGUCUGUUUUCCUUUAAGUAUUAUAAUCAUCUUUCUGGGGGCUUUAACCCAUCCUCUCUUUUUUGACUUCAGUGAGGGGGGAGGCAUGGACAAAGGAAAGGACAGCAGCUCCUCCCCCUCCCCAAACACACACAUUCUCCCUCUUAAUCUUUUGGGGUGGAAUUUGAGAGUUCCUUGCUGAUGCUCUGGGCAUCGUUGCUGCUUAUCAAGGCGUGAAAAUGGGCAAACUAUAAAACCGGAGAGGUAACAAAAAAAACAAAAUGUCCCAAUAGCCAUGACAGUAAUGUUGCCCUCCUUCCUCCCUUCUUCCCUUGCAAUAUAUAAUCAAAGCAGCGUAACUUUUUCAUUUGGAAUUUGAGUAAUUUUAAUCCCUUCUCCCUUGUUUGAUUCAAUAGUGAAGCAAAUUGAACAGAAGUGUUAGAGGUUUCCUCAGAAACGCCCCUGUGUGUGUUAGGGUACAACUCCCCAUUUUUCCUGGUCGUUGGCCGGGCUGGCUGGGACUGAUGGGGGCUGAGUCCACAACAUUGGGAGGGCACCAGGUUGGGAGUGCCUGAGCUAAUAUAUAGCAAAAUGCCCCCAUUGUGAAACAUGGAACCCUUUGCUGCGGGGAAUGUGACACAUCUGCUGGGUGAAUCUGGCAACAGCUGUAUUCCAAGUUGUUCAUGCGUCCCAAAUGUUUAUGUUGGCUUAAAAGUUCCAUUGCAUUAACGGUUCCAGUUUUUUCCAUAGUAUACCUAGAGUUUAAAAUCAUACUGUUUACUGGCAUUCUUGCUACUGUUCAGUAAAAGGUGUCAGGACAGGACUUUGACCAAACGCUACUCAGCUGGUUUUUAUUCAGGCUUUAAAAUCAGCACCUUAAUCUUAAAAUACAAGAUUCUUUGAUGUAGCAGUCACUAGUCAUGCAGAUAGUGCUGUGUUUAAAUCUUUUGUUGUGCUGAUAGCACUGGGGCUUUGUUUUGUUUUUCAAAGCAUGGGAGACCUGCUGGCAAUAUUUGUGAAUCCAGGAGCAUCUGAACUCUUGUGUGAAUGGACACACACAGCAGCCAGUGAUGCAUAACAUAAGUCCCUCUUGCAUCAUAGUUUUAGACAUGGAAGUGACCUGUGGGUGCAAUCCUGUGGUUUAAUGCAUAAUUAGAGAAGCUGCCUCUGAAAGAGUUCCGUGUUAUGUCCAUCCCACCCACCCCCACCCAGAGCUUGGAAAAGUUCCUUUUUUGAACUACAGCUCCCAUCAGCCCCAGCCAGCAUGGCCACUGGAUUGGGUUGAUGGGAGUCGUAGUUCAAAAAAGUAACUUUUCCAAGCUCUGCCCCACCCCCGUGCUCUUCUACACGGUUGGCCAUUUGCACUGACUUUUCAGAAACGCAUCUGCUGUGUGGAAAGUUUCCCCAUAUAUCCCAUUACAGAACCAGUCCAAUUGCAUUGAGCCUUAUUUCAGAGCCAUCUCCCAUCAGCAGCGCUUUCCCUAGCCUUCUGAAACUCUCACUGGGGGGAGACGCUUGUAGUUCUGAGGCAGCUCUACACUCCAUGCAGCAGGCACAAUUCUUGUGAGCUAUGCAGUAUUUCUCAUGUUGCAAAUGAAGUUGGAGGACAUAUCCACCCCCUAUUUAUAUGCACAAGCACAAUUGGGCUGAGACAGUCUGAUACAGUGCUUGCGUGCACUUAAAGAUGCAGGUAUGGUGCUCACAUAUUUUUUUGUCAUAGAAAACACUGGGCUCACAACAGUUGCAUUGAGUGUGGGGCUGCCCAGAGUGGCCAGUGCUUGUCUGCUUAGAGGCAAAGCCAACUUCUGGCAGUGUUUGCUGUUUCCACCAGCUUUUAGGCUACAGAAUUGCCAUGACAUCCAACAUGACUCAUACCAAGGGGCCUUGGUCCCUCUGCGAAAAUGGUGGCUCCAGUCACAAAGUGAAGAUUGCUAGAGCUUUUCAAAACAAAACAAAAAGGCCUGUUUCUGCUGCUGAUGUGCAUGGUUUCUGCCAGAGCCUUCCAUGAGAGCGGUUCAGCUAGCACGUCCCAGCGAAGGUCCUGAUAAUAAUAAUAAUAAUAAUAAUUUUAAUUUAUAAGUCGCCUAUCUGGCCAAUGGCCACUCUAGGCGACGUACAACUCAACUCAUGAGUUCAGGGUGGGUCUCCAUCCUGCCGUUUUCUGUGCUGGGUGAAGAGAGGGGUAUUUUCCCUUUUGCUACAACCAGCUCAGAUUAAGCUUACUAUUUUGUUAUCUGUUUGGAAGGUCUUUGUAAUUCUUGAGUGAAGAUAGUGGGAGAAGGUAGAUGUGCAGUUGAAGUUGGCUGCUGUUGCCUUAGCACUUCUUGAGGGCCUGCAGGACUCCUGGCCCUUCACCCUUUUCCCAUCCAUUUUGAACGGAUUUGUUGUGCUGGUCCUGCUACGUAGCCUCGUGUCAUUUCAGUGUGUUUCUUGUGGUGAUUAGGAUUUUGGUGGCAGCAUCAGUGCUCGCUAGAGCGAGUCCAUGUUCACCAGAGAUUUGAAAUCCAUCGGAUACGUAGAACACCAACAGCUGAUCUUCCAAAGGCCAUUUAGUGUGGAUGGGAUGGACAGGCCAUCUUUUCCCACUUGUUCAUGGGUUCUCCUGGGGUCUUCCACUCUGCAAAAAUGCUGAAGAAAUAUAUCCACCCCAGUGGUGGCCUUGGUGAGCAAAAUGGGUCCUUAAACUCUGCCUCCCAUCAUUCUAGUGGUCUGAUUAAAACAAUUAGGGAUGAUCCACAUAAUUCAGGAGAUUGAGCUAUUUUGCCUCUCGUGCUGCCUGUUGAAUCUUUGCAACUUUGACUGGCCUUGAAGCAAAAGUUUUCUUGUCUGCUCUCCACCAUUCUUUGCUUGCCCACUAACAAUGGAGAAAACAUCUUUUAAAAACUUUUUUAAAAAAACUGUUGGCAUUCCUCAUUUUUGCACAUCACCUUUUGAUGUGUAACCUUGAAGCAAAGACCUUAAUCUUUGUUCGUGAAAAGUCAGAGAUGCCGACUCAGGCUCCUCACACAUGCCAUCAUUUCUUUAAAGUCUACUGUUGGCCCUUCUUGAACUAUCUAGUGGAAUAAUCUUCCCCAUGUGGGGAGGGUAUCCUUUGGUAUUUAAUCAGCAAUGUCUGUUUCCAUUUGCAAUUUCCUGUUUUGGGUGUGUGUGACAUUAUUGUAAACAAUUAGCCAGCCAUCCCUUUUGGUCCUUGAUCAAUUCCUAUGUUAAGAACACCACUUUGGGGGGAAAGGCAAGCGAUCUGUUUGGAAGCGGCCCAAAGAUGCAAGGAUUUGUGUUGUGUAAAUGGUGCAAAAAGAAUCUAACCAGGAUAUAUUUUGGCUGCCUGGUCUCUUCCAAAUUCACCAGGAGAACAUGUUUGUAGUGGGUUUUCUUGCACUUUGGCCAAGAAAGGGAAGGGUUACCUCUGCCCAGCUUGUCUCUAAAAUGGGAGAGCCUCAUGCCCCUGCUGCAACGUAACACGGAGGCCUGCUUCUUACUGGGGUGGUGAGCUUCUGUCCAGGUGGUGCCACUGUGGGGUUCAGGUGACAGCGCACAUGACAGAAUGUUUCUCUGUACACAAAAAGAAAAAUCCCUGCAUAUAUAAAACUAGCAAGUUCCAGGGUUCGAUCCUAGCCUCUUCCUGUUACGUUACUUCCGUGUGUAGAUUUUUUUUAAAAAAAUUGUGGUACAGGGGAGCCCCUGCUUGUAGCCUGAAGAGGUACACCCCAGAAAGCAACCACUUCAGUGAGAACUGGACCAAUGUAACGUGGAUAACUCUGAAGUCUCAAGAGCCGAGGUCAGCCUUCCAUGGCCUGGUGCCCUCUAGAUGUUUGGACCACAAUCACGACUGCACUGGGGCAUACGAUGUAGUUGGCUAGGACCCAUGGUAGCCCAAAACAUCUGGAGGGCACCAGGUUGACAAAGCCUGCUGUAAACACACACACGUGUGUGUGUGUGGCUUCUUAUGACCAUCUCUCUUUUUUUUGUAUUUUUUUUAAUUUGUGGCUUUUAAAAUAAAAAGUUCAUCUCUCUUUACGGGUAGACACAGGGAAGUGUGUUUUUUGUACACCCCAAGCUUGACAUUUUAACAGGUACUUUCUAUUAUCAAAUUUGCAGUGUCGCAUUUAACUUGCCUUAAAAGGUGGAGAGAGAAAUCUAGUAUUUGCACUUAGCAAAAAAAAUUUUAAUUUAAAAAAAAAAAGCAAACCCUGUCAAGGGAAAGUGUGCAUGUCCUGCAACUUUGUAUAACAAUAGCUGAAAAUAAGUGGUUUAUUAAAAAAGAAAAAGAAAAAAAAAUUUCUUUACCUUCUGGUAGGCAACUGUUCGAAUAUUCUGUGUGUAAAAAGUCUCUGUAUUAUAUUGUAAUUUGAAUUUUUUGUAAUUAAAAAACAAC